AUGGCCUGGGCUCUGAAGCUGCCUCUGGCCGAUGAAGUGAUUGAAUCUGGGCUGGUGCAGGACUUUGAUGCUAGUCUGUCCGGGAUCGGCCAGGAACUGGGUGCUGGUGCCUAUAGCAUGAGUGAUGUCCUUGCAUUGCCCAUUUUUAAGCAAGAAGAGUCAAGUUUGCCCCCUGAUAAUGAGAAUAAAAUCCUACCUUUUCAAUACGUGCUUUGUGCUGCUACCUCUCCAGCAGUGAAACUCCAUGAUGAAACCCUGACAUAUCUCAAUCAAGGACAGUCUUAUGAAAUUCGUAUGCUAGACAAUAGGAAACUUGGAGAACUUCCAGAAAUUAAUGGCAAGUUGGUGAAGAGUAUAUUCCGUGUAGUGUUCCAUGACAGACGACUACAAUACACUGAACAUCAGCAGCUGGAAGGCUGGAGGUGGAACCGACCUGGAGAUAGAAUUCUUGACAUUGAUAUCCCAAUGUCUGUGGGUAUAAUCGAUCCUAGGGCCAAUCCAACCCAACUGAAUACAGUGGAGUUCCUGUGGGACCCGGCAAAGAGGACAUCUGUGUUUAUUCAGGUGCACUGCAUUAGCACAGAGUUCACUAUGAGGAAGCAUGGUGGAGAAAAGGGAGUGCCAUUCCGAGUCCAAAUUGAUACCUUCAAGGAAAAUGAAAACGGGGAAUAUACUGAGCACUUACACUCAGCCAGCUGCCAGAUCAAAGUCUUCAAGCCCAAAGGUGCAGACAGAAAGCAAAAAACAGAUAGGGAGAAAAUGGAGAAACGAACACCUCAUGAAAAGGAGAAGUAUCAGCCUUCCUAUGAGACAACGAUACUCACGGAGUGUUCUCCAUGGCCUGAGAUCACAUAUGUCAAUAACUCCCCAUCACCUGGCUUCAACAGUUCCCACAGCAGUUUUUCUCUUGGGGAAGGAAAUGGUUCACCAAACCACCAGCCAGAGCCACCCCCUCCAGUCACAGAUGUAAGUCUAAAGUUAAAUAACCUCUUGCCAACAACCACACCUCAGGAAGCUCAGCAGUGGUUGCAUCGAAAUCGUUUUUCUACGUUCACAAGGCUUUUUACAAACUUCUCAGGGGCAGAUUUAUUGAAACUAACUAGAGAUGAUGUGAUCCAAAUCUGUGGCCCUGCAGAUGGAAUCAGACUUUUUAAUGCAUUAAAAGGCCGGAUGGUGCGCCCAAGGCUAACCAUUUAUGUUUGUCAGGAAUCCCUGCAGUUGAGGGAGCAGCAGCAGCAGCAGCAGCAGCAGAAGCGUGAGGAUGGAGACUCAAAUGGGACUUUCUUCGUGUACCACGCCAUCUAUCUAGAAGAACUGACCGCUGUUGAACUGACCGAAAAAAUCGCUCAGCUUUUCAGCAUUUCCCCUCGCCAGAUCAGCCAGAUCUACAAGCAGGGGCCGACAGGAAUCCAUGUGCUCAUUAGUGAUGAGAUGAUACAGAACUUUCAGGAGGAAGCCUGUUUUAUUCUGGACACAAUGAAAGCGGAAACCAAUGAUAGCUAUCAUAUCAUACUGAAGUAG